UGAUAGCUUGUCAGAGGCACUUGCUCAGACCCAGGAAGAUCUGUAUACUCAGCAGCCUUCAUCAUCCAACCUUGCUGCCCACCUGGGGGCUCAUCCUCAUCGACCACCUACACCAAAGUCUCCUAUCACUGUAGAUGAAUGGGUUGCUGCUCUUCCUCAUCCAACAAGUGUUGACGAUGAUGGUGAAGCAUGGAGUGCUGCGAACAAAGUUCUGAGGAUUUAGCAGAAGAUUUGUUAAGUCUUGGUGAUGAAGCUGGAUUGAUGGCAGGUUCAGGGACUCUAGGCUCAGUAUCUGCAGCCUCAUUAGUUGGAGGCUCCUCAACAUGUACAAGAGAUUCCAUGAUUGGUUCUCAUAUGAUUGGUGCACAGAAUUCUGAAUCAAGUACAAAUAUAGCAGGCACUAGAGAUCCAACUCUUGCACAACUUCCCCUUUCAUCACCACAGCAUCAUGGGAUGGGACAGCCCUUGUCACCAUCACAUGGAAACCGGCCGAUGACACUUUCUGAUUUGGAAAACACAGUGCAGAAGCAAAUGCCGCCUGUGAGCCCACUUGGUGUAGAAGGUAGACGAUCACAAUUUGCAUCACUUAGAGAUAAACAGACAUCAUUCCAAAGUGAUUUGUCAGGACUUUCCUUACAAAGCAGGUCAAGUAUAGAUUCAUUGUUAGAUUCUCGGCAGGCGGAUCCUGUUGAUGUCUUAUUAAGCCUGGGCUUUGGAGCUCAGUCACAGGAAGGGUUAGCUCGUAUUCCAGAAAGAUUUUUGAAGCCCUCUCAGGUCCGGGGGAACAACAUAGACGAAUUCAUCAGAUCAGAGGACGAGUUUUCAGAUAUGAUGGAAUCUGCUGAGUGGAUGCCCGGCCUAGACCCUCAGGCACUGCGGCGAUCAUCUGUUGCAACAGUGUCACCUCUGAUGUCACAAAUACUGGAUAACAUUCGAGAGAAUCGUUCAAGGUACUUACAGUCGAAAGACACCCCUAUUCGCACAGCACCUCAGGCUACUUUAACUGGAGCCAGUCGAUUUGCCUCAAUUGCAAAGAAUAUUGGUACAAAGAGCACUAUAAUGAAAUCUUUCACCGGAAGUACCAAUAAACUCUCUGUACUGAAUCCAGAAAAUAGACGGCUCUUAGAUCUUCAAGGUCAGAAAUCACCCGAGGUACCAAGAAAACGACUGAUUAUUGGACAGUCAUCUUUUGAUCUUGGGCGUGAUGGAGAACUGCUAGUUAAUAAUGAAGGAAAUAAUGAAGAUGGUAUUAGUAAUGAAGAAGAUUCUGUUGUUGAAGAAAAUAGCCUUGAUGAUGAUUCUAGUGAUGAUGAUGAUGAUGAUGACGAUGAUGAUGAUGAUGACGAUGAUGAACCAGGAGUGCGCCGUUUUACUCAGCGGCCACCUUUACAACACAAAGAGUCUGUAUGGUCUAUGGCAAGUUCAGCUACUAGCAUAGAUAGUAAUGAAGAAGACCUGAGAGAUCAGAGACGAAAAUUACAGCUAAGCCUCAAUCGCCGUCCAACACCGCCAGAAAGCCCAAGCACGCCACCUACUCCAGGAGACUCUGUAGACUCCCCAAAUUCGUUAUAUUCAGGUGCUGAUGGUGUCAAUCGUCGACGAAAUAUAUUUAAACGUCUGAGCCAAAGUAAAAGAGUGAGCACAGUCAGCAGUGGAGGUAGUUGGGAUUUAGAUGAAAAGAUUCCAGAGGAAGAAAUGGAAGAGGAAAGCUUUCAUGAUGUUCAAGAACAGAUUAUACAAGAAGCGAGUGAUCACUCUCAUGUAUUUCCUCAUUCUGAUCAGCUCUUAGCAACAUCACCAGAAACUUCUGAAUAUCAUAGUUAUAAAGAGUAUGCAUAUUUGCCAGAGUCAAUUGUCCUACAACAGGUUGCUAGUCAGGCAGUAUUUGACAGGGUUUCAUUGCCUCAUUCUUUAGCCAAGUCUACAAAUCAAACCUUGGACACCAUUGUACAUCAGUUUGAUGCUUGUGGAAGCUGUGGGGCUAUGCCUCACUCAUCUGCUGGUAAUGUUGAAGUAAGCCCAUUGAACCUGGAGAAUGGGGUAUCACAUGAAAGUAAAAGGAAUAUGAGCCCACUACGAAAUGCAAGCAGUCUUCGUCGUCAAGAAAGAGUAGAUGAUGGGUCACAAUGUGGAAACCCUUUGUCACCUUCUCUACUGCAAAUUCCAAGUCAUCAGUCAUUGCAUAAUUCUGUUACAGAUCAGGAUGAUACAUCCAGGUCUGGAAAUACUGGGCCUUUGCAUCGGUCUGGUAGCGCUCAGUCCGAUUCUUCAGGGUUUAUGGAGGGGGAUUUAGUGGAUGGAGAAAAUCGAAAUGUUUCAUCUAGUCAACUACCAAAUGUAAACAUUCCAAGUCCGGCUCAUACGUGGUGGUGGAGUCAUGAAAGUGCAGGCAGUAUGGAAACAGUACGUCAUGUACCUGUUGGUAAUACCUUCCCUCUGCAACCUAGUCAUGGCCCCUUGGGUUCUCAGCCAUGUAGCAUUGAUCAACAGCCUGUUCUUCAAAAAAGAAACUCUGCCUGUGGUUAUUCCUCACAUUCCUGCAAGCAACAUGGAAGUCAUUCUUGGAAAAAUAAGGAAUGUCAACUUCCAAGUUCAGGGAGAAGCUCAAAUUCUUGCCAUACUUCAAAUGCAGAGCAUAGUUUAUCAUUGGACAGCUAUAUUCCAUUGUGUCCUGUUCACAGUGCUGAUGGUCGUCAAGCUGCCUCAGAGAAUUAUUUAUCAAAUAACCCAGUAACUGCACCAUCAAUAGUAGGUUAUCAGACCCACAUUUUUUCACAGGACCCUACCAAUAACCUUUGUCAUUCUGUGUCUCAUGUUGCUAAAUGUAUGUGUAAUGUCACGUGUCCCGUAUUUGCUGCUUCAAGUGGAAAAAGUAACUUCCGUCCCCAGCACCUCGGCUCAUCUUCUCUUUUAUGCUGCAGACGCCAUUCUUUGCCUGAGUCUCUUUUGGCUUCUUGUGCUUCAAGCAAUAUAAAUUCCAAUUUCGGUGCUUUGCAUAAUGUUCAUUCCAACCAGUAUCUUACGUCUUCACCAUUUUAUGAAUCUGAGAAAUCCUCUCCUCCUCUGUCAUUACCUGCCUUUUUUCAGUUUCCUUCCGCUUCAGAUAAUAUACAUCCAGUAGAACCAUUUGGAUCAUCUCAGUCAAGUUCUUCACAGUUUUCUGCUGUUAGUGAGCCUGCUUAUUUGUUUACUGAAACCAGCAGUUUGCCAAGUUACCAGCCGUCAUGUGAGGAUAGAGUUGAUAGAAGACAAAGUAAUAUAGUUACACCUCUCCUAAGUGUGGAUAAUAGUUCUGAAACAUUAAUGAAUGCCCUCCGGUCCUAUCGCAAUCAACUAGUCCAGCAAGAACAUUUGUCCCGCACUUUACAUGCAACAGCAGCAUUUUCCCUCAGUAAUGCGAACCAUUUUUCAAAGCAGUUACAUAGCAUAAGUGCCAUUAAGGCAGCUAUUCGUGCUGAAGUAACUCACAUGGAACAGCUUCUGGCCAAUGCAAAACCCAAUUCUUUCAACAGAACUUGCAUCAACAGUGUAAUGAUGCAGAUGGUGUCACUACUAAGAAAACAAGCAGAGCUUUGCCAUGAUAUAGAGAGACUUACAUUAUCACCUUCACUCACAUCUCCAAAAUCUGAUGAUUCAGUAGCAUCAAAAACUCCAUCCUGUUCUUCCCUUAGUAACGAAUGUGAUGUGACAAACAGUGGAGUAAGUCAUGAGGAUAACAAUGAAUGUUCCUCUGGAGAUAAUGAUAUUGCAAAAGCUGAUCCUCAGUUCUCUCAACCAGAAAAUGUUCACUGUAGUUCAAAGACUGACAGUCUCUCUUCUUUUAGUUCACAUAAGCCUGUUGUAGAAAAUAUUGGACUGAGAAAUUCAAAUCCUAUUUCUUUGAACAGUCAAGCAGGAAGUAUAGGAAGUGAAAAAGACUGUGACUCAAUUCCUAAUUCAUCUAGUAAAAUGGGAAGUUUAUGUGUAACAGACACAAGUAAAAAUUGUAAUGUGCACAAACUGUCUAAAUCAUUUUUAUUGUCUUCAUCUGAAGAACUGACACCAUUCGUUAAAACCUGUGAUAGUGUGAAAGGAAGUGAAAGUACAUUAGAUGAUGAUGAAAUGGAUUCUAGUGAUAAGAUGGCAAGAACAAAUUCUACUUAUGUAGAAAUAAAUUUAAAGUCUCCAGCAAAUCCUAAUAUGAAACCUAAUGCUCUUAAUACUGAAGGCCUAGAAGACUUAGAUUGGGUUACACAGUUGGUGGAAACACAAGUUCGAAACCAUACAGAGAUUGUUCAAACUCAUCUUAACCAGCAGUCAAAAGAAAUGGAAGACAUUAAAAAGAUGUUGCAUCUGUUAUUAAAUAAGUUUCAGUGAUCCAUUCCAUAUCUGUAUUGUACAGUAUUAUUCUGUGAUUAUAGCAUUAACAAAUUAUUUGACAUAGGUUACUAGUUUUAGAUAUAGCCAUUAAGUCUUUUAUAGCUUUGAAAGAUAUCUUAAUGAAACUAUUGCAGUCAAAUUUGUAAUUUCAAAUCUGCAUAUUUCUCAUCACAGUUCUUUUAGACUGCAAAAAGACUUAAGUUUAAGUUGUUGAAUAAUGUAAAUGAGAUCACUAUGUGCUGUAAUGUUUUAGUAGUUGCCUAGUUUUUGGUGCUACCUUGAGGAGUGUGCUAUAAUUUUUUUUUUUUUGGAUUUUUUGAAAUUAAAUGUUAUACUAUUCAAUGCUUAUGUGUAUUAUAUACAAAAUUGGCCACACAGGCUUUCAUUGUUUAUAAUUCAUUAAUUGUUUUAUACCUUGUAAGGGGCCUUCCAGAAAUAAUUACUGCAAUUUACACAAACUUAAUGAGUUUAAUUUGAGAUUUUUUUAAGAUUCUGUAUCAGAGCCUUGUCUAAAAAAAAUUUCUGUUACUCUAUUUUUUUUCAAUAUUUGCCUCAAAUUAUACAAUGAGAUUUUUAAUUUAUUUUUUAUUUUUAUGGGUUUUGAAAAUAAAGUUUUAUUUGCAAACAAUAAUAUAUUGCACAUGACUUUUAAGCAAAAUGUUUUAUUAAGGCCAGAUUAUUAAAGACAUUUCAUACUAAUUUUUGUACUUGCUGAAAAUAUAUUUUAAUUAAUAUAUUUAGAUCAUGAAAUAUUUUAAAAAUGAACUACAGUACUAGUUCAUUUUAUUUACAUUACGUAUACUAUAUUUUGUAAAAUGGUAGUAUGUAUGUAUAUGGGAAAGGGAGUAGAUCUGUUAGUAUCUUUAAUGAUUUUCUGCCAAAUUUCAAAUCAGCCAUUCUUGCCUUCAUAUUUUGAAGAUGCCCCAUUUUUGUUUGAAGAAUAAUUCACAUAUAUUUUAGUGAAAUUCUUAUACAGCUGUGUAUUAUUGGCAAUUACUCAUAUUUUACCCACAUGGUUUUCCAAUCUGUGUGUACUGUUAUAAGGACAGCAGAUUGUACCUUCCUAUCAUGUUGAUGAGAUUUUACAAAUGGCAUAUAUUAUAACCAGGACUAAUUUUAAUUAAGGAAACUGUUCUAUUCAACUUGAGGAAAUAUUAUGUAAGAUUUUGGCAAUAUGUUUUAAAAUAUUACUGGUUACAUUAUUUAAACUGAGUAUGUUACCUCAUAUUUCUAACACUUUUCUUCAUCAGCAAUGGUUGCAAUUGUGAUAUUACUUGUAAAUUUUGUGCUUAUUUAAGAGUUGUUAAUAUAAUUCUUUGUAAUAUAAAUUCAUUUAUGUUAAUAUAAUUCUUUGUAAUAGAAAUUCAUUUAUGUGUAUUUUCCAGUGUAUUUUAUCAUAGUAUGGGAAAUAUAUUCUUUAGGUGAAUAAAAUUGGUCACUGGCUA